GCUUCUUGAUGCAUCAUAGAUCAAAUUCAAAAGUAUCUUCUUUUUCCGGCUUUGUUGUUCUUGAUGAUGAGAUGACCAAACCGAGAGAGACGCUAAUGAUUAAAGAAAAAGGAUGAAUGACGAAAGAGUUUGGGAAUUUUGCUUGAGUGUAGUGAGGGAAUCUAAUUCUCUGGUAGCCAUGGGAAAAGCUUAUGCAGUUGCAGAGACAGAGCUCUCUUUUCACAAGAGACAAGUAUUCCUUUGCAAGGGCAUGCGAUGAACAAAGGGCGUUGUCCUUUCAGUUAAAGCCCGUUUCCUCUCUUACACUGUUCCCUCCUUUAUUGGCCUGACGACAAUGCAAUGAUUUUCUUUUGGAAGGUUUUGCACUCACCAAUUAAUUUUGAGUCUCAAG